AUGAGGUUGGCCGUCGCAGCCUUGCUGCUAACCUCAUCAUUCCACGCCAUCGCUACGUCCGUUGAUUCUCAGAUUCCCUUGAGGGAUGCAGGCAGCAGUUCGAAACAGUGUCCUGCAGAUGUCGAGUUAAGCUGCCAUAAUACCCGCCCCGUGAAGGAUGCUUGCUGCUUCAACACCCCGGGCGGCUUACUCCUCCUAACUCAAUUCUGGGACGCGCAUCCCGCGACUGGCCCGGAGGAUGCGUGGACUCUCCACGGAUUGUGGCCCGAUAACUGCGAUGGUUCUUUUGAGCAGUACUGUGACCGGAGCAGACAGUAUAACAAUAUCACAGAUAUCCUGCAAGCUCAUGGGAAGACGGAGCUCCUUGAGUAUAUGAGCACGUAUUGGAAGGAUUGGAAAGGUAACGAUGCAGACCUCUGGGAGCAUGAGUGGAACAAACAUGGGACUUGUAUCAGCACUCUGGAAACUAGCUGCUAUUCAGAUUACCGGCCGCAGGCAGAAGUGGUUGACUAUCUUGAAAAAGCAACGGAGGUGUUUAAGGGGCUGGAUACUUACAAGGUCUUAGCUGCGGCGGGAAUCAAACCUGAUCCAUCAAAAACAUACACACUGAAAGAGCUCCAGGAUACCUUGACAAAACUUCACGGAGUGGAGGUCACACUACGGUGCCGAAACUCCCAAUUGAAUGAAGUUUGGUACUUUUUCAAUGUCAAAGGUAGCCUGCAGACGGGAAAAUAUGUGUCUGCCAAACCAGGUGGCUCGCCAUCAAAUUGCCCCGCUAGGGGAAUAAAGUAUCUCCCUAAAAGGCGAAAAUCCCGUCCAACUUCAUCGAGACGUCCAGGACCUACAUCGACUAGAAGCUCCCCCUCACCCACGGGGACCGGCAACCCUUUCUCUGGUAGAGGGCACCUUGAGGUUAUCACCGGAGGUAGGAAGACUGGGUGCCUGAUCAGCUAUGGAACAUGGUACAGCACAGGCACUUGCGCCACAUUCACUGCAACUCCCUCCGGAGAUGGUUUCACUCUCAGCUCCAGCAAAGGCGACUGUGGAAUAUUAGAAUCUGUUUUCGAAUGUGACACGGAAAUGAAGCCUAGUGUUUUUACGGCGAUUGACGGCAUGCUUGCUAUUGGGGGGAAAACGACCUUUUCUGCGGACAAGGUCCCAAGGGGUACAGCGCAGGUCCCUAUUUUCACCAACGGUCACUCAAUAGAGCUGACGAUAGGGUGGAAGCAAGUUUAA